AUGGCGUCUUCAACAUAUACCACUACUUUAGAUACGGACGAACCUUUAAAACCAUACAUUCCACUCAACGAAACUCCUGAAGAAAAGAAAAAACGCGUGCAGAUGGAAAAACAGGCAAGGAAGCAUAGCGAAGCAAUCGACAAACAAUUAAAAGCUGAAAAGGAGGAAAUGGAGAAACGAAGGGAUAGUAAACUAUUAUUAUUAGGUUCUUCGGAAAGUGGUAAAACGACUGUUCUCAAACAACUGAAAAUUAUUCAUGGGAAGGGUCUUGAAGGAGAACGUCAACAGUAUCGAAGGAUAGUUCAUAUUAAUACUCUUACUGCCAUGAAGGCCCUUGUAAAUGCCCUACCGAGUCUUGAAUACACACCAGAUCCUAUUCAAGCUGCCAUCCGUGAUAAUAAAUUGGAUGAUGAUGCUUUUGAUUUAUUUCAUGAACAUGUGGAUUCGAUCAAAUCUUUGUGGGAGGACCCGGCUAUUAAAAAUUGUUUCAGUUCUGCCAGUGAAAUUGGGUUGCAAGACUCAGCAAAAUACUUCUUGGAUAACGCUGAUCGUUUUAGUAAUGUCGAUUAUUUACCAACGGAUGAAGAUAUCCUUCAGGCUCGAAUAAGAACUGUUGGCGUUACAGAACACAAAUUUGAAAUUGAUAGGGUCACAUACAAGAUUUACGAUGUCGGAGGUCAUCGGUCUCAACGUCACUUUUGGGCGCCUUAUUUUGAUGACGUAAAUGCUAUCAUUUUCAUGGCCGCCAUUUCUGCGUUUGAUCAAACGCUUGAAGAGGAUCCCGAGGUUAAUCGUAUGAGUGAUUCUAUUGACCUAUUUGACAGUAUAUGUAACAAUCCACUCAUGGCCAACACCAGUAUUAUCUUGUUCUUGAAUAAAAUCGACAUCCUUAAGCAAAAGUUGUCUUCUGUCAACGUAAAGGAUUAUUUCCCUGAUUAUGAAGGCGACAAUAAGUUCCAAAGUGUUGUAAAUUUUUUCAAAGGCAAAUUCUUAGAACGUGCUCCUGAGAACAAGCGUGUUUAUACCCAUCUAACGCAUGCUACGGAUACAAAGCAGAUGAGAUUGAUCGUAGCCACAGUAAAUGACAUUGUUCAAAGAAGGCAAUUAAGAGAUACUGGAUUUUAA